UGCCGCUCAGCUGACGCCGGGGCGUCCGCGAGGCGACGCGUCGAUACCGCGCCACACCGCCUCAGCCGCGAUCUCCAACGUGUCGACUCCACAUCACUCCAACCAACCAGAUGAUGGUGCGACGGAGCGGACGCUACACCGUCAACUGGACGGGCUUCAAAGAAUUCACAUUCGGAAAUAAACCGCCUGAUGAAGAAAAAAAUGAAAAGAAACCCGAAGAAGAUUUAUCUAACCAUGAAGUUAUUUUUCUAAAAAGUAUAGUGGAAAGUCCUGACUUCAGUAGGAAAUACGAGUCCACAGACUUCGAGGAAGAUUUGGUAGUUAAACCUGUCUCCCUUGGCAACGUUAGCAUAGUAAAAUCUCUGAGCGAGUAUCGGGGUAACAAUAUUAGGACUAUCGAGCAAGCGGAACUCGCUAUAUUGUUAUCAAGAGUACAUUUUAGGGCUCUAAUAGAUGCACAUGAUAAAAUUGGUGCCAUUUGGCUAGAGCGAGGGUCGGGCACUGACGAAAAGGCGGUAGUUAAAGAGAGUAAAGACACAGCUGAAGGUGGUGAAAAGACACCAGAGGAGAACGGAGACAUGCCUGUGGAGACUGUGAAAGUUGUCGGCCUUCGCAAGGUGCCUGGACAGCCUUUGGGCUUGACAGUGACAACAGAUGAGCAUGGGCAGCUGAUAGUAGCAAGAAUAUUAGCGGGCAGUGCGGCUGCAAAGCAGGCAUUGGUGUCUGUGGGAGAUGUUUUGUUGGAAGUGGAUGGAGUUCAGAUAGACACGGAGGAGCAGCUCAAGGAAGCUGUAGCUAAGCCUAGCGAAAGGCUAACGCUUAAAGUCGGACCUAACCUUAAGGAGAAGAGCUCACAGCUCACCAACAAACUUAGUUGUUACAUGAGGGCACUAUUUGAUUACGAUCCAAAAGAAGAUACAUUACUGCCCUGCAAAGAAAUUGGACUGGAAUUCAAAAGAGGUGACAUUUUACAGGUCUCAGAUCGUAAGGACCCCAACUGGUGGCAGGCUAGUCAUGUGAAGAACCCUGAUGUGGUAGGACUUAUACCCUCACCUGAGCUAGAAGAGAGACGCAAAGCUUAUGUGCCGCCUGAAGCUGAUUUCGUGCACAAAAUUAGCAUAUGCGGUGCGAGGAUAUCGAAGAAGAAGAAGAAGUUCGUAUACGAGUCGCGGUCUAGCGUGCAGCUGGAGGGCGCGGAGCUGGCGCUGUACGAGGAGGUGGCGCGCACGCCGCCCUUCCUGCGGCGCGUGCUGGCGCUCGUGGGCACGCGCGGCGUCGGCCGCCGCACGCUCAAGAACCGUAUGAUUCAGGACCAUCCUGAUAGGUUCGGCGCUGUUGUCCCACACACAUCCCGCCCUCCGCGGCCGAUGGAAGAGAACGGGCAAUCUUACUGGUUCGUGUCUCGCGAGGAGAUGGAGCGUGACGCCCACGCCGGCCGCUUCCUGGAGUACGGGGAACAUAACGGUCAUCUCUACGGGACACACCUCGAUUCCAUUCGGGCUAUCAUCAAGGAAGGAAAAAUGUGUAUCCUGGACUGUGCGCCGCAGUCGCUGAAGCUGCUGCACACCAGCAGUGAGUUCCUGCCGUUCGCGGUGAUGCUGGCCGCGCCCGGCAUCGAGCAGCUGCGCAACCUCACGCACGCCUCCAACAGGAACCUCGAGUUCGACCGGCAGAGCUCCAUACGCUACAGCUCGCGGCGCGCGCGCACCUUGGAGUCCCUCGCGUCGUUGUACGAGGAAGAGGAUAUGAAGCAGACUCUAGAAGAAAGCGCGCGCAUCCAGCGCCAGUACGAGAAGUACAUUGACCUGGUCAUCACUAACAACAACAUGGACACUACGUACUCGAAAAUAAUGGACGCACUACACUCUCUUUCCACCGACCACCAGUGGGUCCCAGUCAGCUGGAUUUAUUAACAUUCGGAAGUGUAUAAGGUUUAGAAAUAUUCGUAGGGUUGCCAAUUGUCACUUCUAAAAGUUAGUUCCUAAAUUCAAGCAGAUUAGGAAAAUCCAAAAGACAGAGAGAGUAUUUAUGAUCAAAUAAUCAGUUCGAAACAUAUAUCACUAAAUCUUUGAUUAUUCAUGAACAAAAUAAAAACUGCCUUCAUAUUCGCCAACAUCACAACGUUGCGUGCGUUGAUAUCAUAAAGGUGGCAGCCCUAUAAUGUACUAGAUAAGUUGAGACGCAAGUGGUUAGCUCAAAAAUAAACUAAUAAAAUUCAUUUUAUGUUAAAAGUAACUCAAUUAAUAUUAAUGAGUGCCUAAAAUUAUAAUGUGAUUUACAUCACAAAGCCUAUUAAUUCCGAAUUGCCUAAUAAUAAAUAGAUUUAAAAAAUAUUUAGAACCACAAGCGUCUGAUAAAAACGAGUAGCUACAUAGAAAUUAAGGAUUGUCAGUCUUCCCGCACUGAGCAAGCAAGAUUGGUUGUUUAAUAAUGCAUUUUUAUAGACUUCAAUUCACAAAUAUGUGAAUAAAAAUUAUUUUCAAACAUUUAAUCAUUUACAGAACAAAUAAAAAAUAUUUAUUUUCAGAAUACUUCUAUAAUAAUAGUUUAAAUUGUUUUUGUUGUUGAUGUAGAUGGAAGAAUAAUAAUGAAAAAUGACGUCUCUUCAAUCUUUGUGUAAACUUAUAAAUUAUAGCAUCCAUCAGAGACAAACGUGCAAAAAAGGAAAAGUAUUUUUUAUUAUUUACUUUUGACUAGCACAAAAUCUUUUAAGUUAAAUCGAAUCUUGCUCCUAAUAGAUUUCUUUUAGAUUCUUACGAAUAUUUUUAGAUACGAUUGUAUGAGACUAAAUUUAAUGACAAUGCACAGUGCGGGUUCAGAACUUUAGUGUAUUGAAUAUUGUGCCACGCCUGCCAUUCCAGGAUAAUGCUUGUAUUAUAUCACUUAAUAAUAAAGUAGCAAACAAUAUAUUGCGGCACUUAAAAGAGAGACAAUGACAAGAUGUGGCUUGUAAUCAAAUUGUACUAGCCUAAAAUUACUAAGUGAAAGAUGUUCUAAAAAUGUAGUAUUCUAUGCUUGAACCUACCGAAAUUAUUAAAAUAAGAUAUUAAGUAUAAGCAUCAUACAUUUUUAUUGAGCAUUUAAUUUUAUAUUAUUAGUAUCACAUUAUUUCUUAGGCAGAGAAAGUCUUCGUAGUAUGUAAACGAAUGAUAUUAUAAAUCACAACAAUAAAUAUUAAGAUCUCAAAAUUUUGUAUUCAUUGAAGUUUUGUGCUAAGAUAGGUUAUAGUUACCUAUAUUAUGUAAUCUCUCUAUUGUUUGUAAGUUUUACUUCAAUUUUUUCUUAGCAUUUAUCUUAUUUUUCAAUAAUAUUCAUCACAAAAUCAAUCACAUUUUACGAUUAUAUUUUUAUUAUAUAUAUUAUAAGAUAUGCAUAUUUUGCAUUUGUAUUAUUUUGAGCAAUAGGUAUCAUCGUAAUCUCAAGGAUUCUUACUUGUACCUAAUGUUAUAUAAAAUAUAAAAUUAGCUUGUACUUAAUUGAGAAUCUCACAUUCCGUCCAUUUUAUUUUGUUAUUUAGCUGUAAAUUUUAUUGUCAAGAUUUAUUCAAUAUACAUGAUGUAACAUCGA